GCUUUGCGCUUCGUUCUCGUUUCUUGCUCUCGUGGUCGUCGUCCGUUUAUUUUAGUAUUUGUCGCAUAUAUUUAGUUAAUAAUUUGUUGUUUUUAUUUAUAGUUGAUAGUUCUUCUUUAUUAUUUUUUUUUUUGGUAUUUUUGUGUGUGUGCUGUGCAUUUAGUGUUUUAUGUGUUUUUUCUUGUAAAUGUUAUGUUUUAAUAUUGUUGUCCCAGCAAUAACUUUAUAACUGUAACGGCAAGAAGAAUAACGGUAACAAACAACAAAUAAUGGCUGCCAAAGAUCGUUUGCCCAUAUUUCCAUCUCGCGGUGCACAAACAUUGAUGAAAUCCCGUCUGGCGGGCGCCACAAAGGGCCAUGGACUACUUAAAAAGAAGGCGGAUGCUUUACAAAUGCGUUUUCGCAUCAUUCUGGGCAAGAUCAUCGAGACCAAAAUGCUGAUGGGUCAGGUGAUGAAGGAGGCGGCUUUCUCGCUGGCUGAGGUCAAAUUCACCACCGGCGACAUCAAUCAGAUUGUGCUGCAGAAUGUGACCAAAGCACAGAUCAAGAUACGCACCAAAAAGGACAAUGUGGCCGGUGUGACCUUGCCGUUGUUCGAGCCCUAUCAGGAUGGCGUCGAUACCUAUGAAUUGGCCGGUCUGGCUCGCGGUGGACAACAGUUGGCCAAGCUGAAGAAGAACUAUCAGAGUGCGGUGCGUCUGCUGGUGGAGUUGGCAUCGUUGCAGACAUCGUUUGUCACCCUCGACGAUGUCAUCAAGGUGACCAACAGGCGUGUCAAUGCCAUCGAGCACGUGAUUAUACCGCGCAUCAAUCGCACCAUUGAGUACAUCAUCAGUGAGCUGGAUGAGCUGGAGCGCGAGGAGUUCUAUCGCUUGAAGAAGAUACAGGAUAAGAAGCGUGAGGCACGCAAGUGUGCGGAUCGUGCCCGGGAGGAGCUGCGUCGCCAGGGCUACAAUGUCACCACCAGCGAGGAGGCUCAGAAUAUCCUCGAGAACGAUGGCGAUGAGGAUCUUUUGUUUUAGUUCUAGGCGCGAUCCAAGGAACAAAACUUCCUCCCUCAUCCUCCUCUCCUAUCAAUGUACCGUUGAACAUUUGAACACACACAGUUUUUUUCCCCCAUUUAAUUUUCCCGUAUAUGUAAUACCCGGUAUCUGUGAAAGGCAAGGGUAUAAUGACAUUGUGUGAAUCUGCAAGGGCAUAACAUAUAUAUUCUUGAUUACUUUCAACAGUCCGUCUGUCUGAAAAUACUUUUAUUAAUCUUCUCACAACUAAAAAUAUCUUUGUUAAUCUUUCUCUGUUUUUUUUUUUUCGUGGUCUCAUUUCAACAUAUUUUUGUUUAUCACUGUGGCCUAGGUACCGAGUAUUUUCACAGUCGGACCGAUCCGCUUUCGACUGCAGCUUUCUGUUUUCUGUUGCUUUCUGAGAUGUGCUCUAAUAUCUGUUGUGGUUUCUGUGGUUGAUGCCUUGUUGUUGUUAUUGCUGAAAAUACUAUACAUUUGUAUGUUAUAUAUUAUAUCUAUCUACAUCUCGCAAUGUAUGUACUAUAUAUCUUAUAUCUUA